AAAGUUUAUUUAAACUUCGUUACAACGUUGACUUAAAAGCCAUUGGCUUUAAGUAUCAAAAAUUGAGCAAAUCUACAAAAGCAUAUCAUAAAAAAUCAUAAAUAUGACAACUAACAAAAAGUUUGACCCUCUGAACUUUGUUUGCGAUGAGUUCUCGGUGGUGGAGAUCAACGAGUUCUACGAGAUAUUCACGUCUGCGGAUGAUGAUGAAAGUAUGACUGUCGAUGCAGAUGAGCUGCAGAGGUGUCUCCGAAUCGCAGAUCCAAAUAUCAGUCGGAGGGAAUUGGCUGAAAUUAUAGAUGAGGUGGACACGGAUGGAUCAGGCGACAUCAGUUUCGAGGAGUUCCUGGACAUCAUGAAGAAACGCAAGUACCAAAACUUCGAGGAGGAGGAACUCAGGGUUGCCUUUCACAGCUUUGAUAAAAACCGGAGCGAAUUCAUAGAAGCAGACGAUGUCAAGAAGCUGCUUGCGUCUCUGGGUGAGAAUAUAAGUGAGGCAGACGCAAUUGAGAUGGUGCGGAUAGCAGACACCGACGGGGACGGCAAAGUCAGCUUCGAAGACUAUAAAACUUUCAUUGAGUCAAUCACUGAUUACUAGAAGACUGGCGCUGUGUCGACUAUCAUAAGACUCGGCUAGCAUAAAAGUUCAUAGAAGCAUAAAAAUUCGACUAUUCGAUAGUGUUUUUCUUCUCAAGGAUGACAAAUG